AUGCGACUUAUCACCAUACUUUCGCUCCUCCCUAUGGCAUUCUCUCUCCCUCAUCUCCAGGCUUCAGAUGAAGGAGUAGCUCUGGAUGUCAGAGCUGACAUUGAUGGAACUACCAUAGUCGGCCAAAAAGAUACAUCAACAUUGACUUCUUUGGUGGUGUUUCACUCUGAAUCGGUGGCCAAUCCAACUUCCACCACCACAGCUUCUAUCGCUUCUUCAUCAGACUCGGAAGAAUCGCAGAUCGUCUCACCAUUUUACCCUACCGUCGAAGAUGAAGACGACGAUGGAGAUGAAUCCGUAUCGGCAUCAGUGUCAGACUCAGAGACAGAGACAGAGACACAGACAGAGACAGAGACAGAAAUACAAUCACUGCAAACCCUCUCACAAGGUCAAUCAGCGGUUUUCAACCCUACAGCAUCCACUACACUUUCCCUCUUGUCAAACUUACCCACUGGCUCAAUCUCCAAAAGUGCGGCAGUAGUACCCUCUGGAUCGCAGACGGGGGUCGUAGCUGCUGCUGCUAGUGGAACAUCAACUUCAUCUGGUCAGACAUCAAUUGGAUCAAAUGGAAUCAUAGGUGUCGGUUUCAUUGCUCUGAUUGCAUGUCUACUCUAA